UGGUACAAAACUGUAUAAUUUUUUACAAUGAUCUUCUCUUUGAACGAAUUGGUUCACUGGUUAGGUUUAACAAUCUUUGAGAUAUGGAUAAACUUGAUUGCCUUAACGUUCUUCACUGUACUGCUAGCUCUAAAAUUAGAUGAAAAUUACUUUUUGGGGCCGUCAGGAUGGUGGGAAGUUUUUUCGCCUCUCUUUAUAGCCGAUGGCUUGAAUACAUACUUUUGCGCAAUUAUAUUCAUAAGAAUGUACAUGGAAGGAAUGAUCAGGGUGGGGAUCUUGCGUGCGUUAUGGAGUCAAAUAUCAUUACUAUUAGUCUUUGUUUUUAAGUAUCUUCUAUGUAAAAAGCUCUCUGGACAAAGCACAUUGGAGUAUUCAGAAGUUUUGAGUCCUGUAUUCAUCCUCCUGCAACUGAUCGCCGUCAGAGCUUGUCAGUUACAUUGAGAGGAAACAGAAGAACUUCCUGCAUGAGCGGUACUACUUCCAAAGCAUCCGUCAUAUGUGAGAACAUACGUUAUGUACUAUAUGAAUACACUUGUAUAUACUACAUUUUGUCAGAUUCAUUAUUUAGAUUAAAUUAUUUAAAGCAUUUUA